GGCUCGAGCCGGAGCGGAAGUGGUGACCGGAGCGGAAGUGGAGCCGCCGCAGCCGCCGAUUCCGGAGCCGGGGUAGCUGCCGCCGCCGCCGCCUCUGCAGCCGCUGCCGCCGCCGGAGGAGUGGGCUUGGGAAGGAAGUGGUCACCGCGCCCGGAGCUCCGCUCGCAAGGUUCUCUGCUCCCUGCAGUCCUCCCACGGGAAUGACCAUGGAUAAAAGUGAGCUGGUACAGAAAGCCAAGCUUGCCGAGCAGGCCGAGCGCUACGAUGACAUGGCUGCGGCCAUGAAGGCGGUCACGGAGCAGGGGCACGAGCUCUCCAACGAGGAGAGAAACCUGCUGUCAGUUGCCUACAAGAAUGUGGUCGGUGCCCGCCGUUCGUCCUGGCGUGUCAUCUCCAGCAUCGAACAGAAAACUGAGCGGAACGAGAAGAAGCAGCAGAUGGGCAAAGAGUACCGCGAGAAGAUCGAGGCCGAGCUGCAGGACAUCUGCAACGACGUGCUGGAGCUGCUGGACAAGUACCUCAUCCCCCACGCCACGCAGCCGGAGAGCAAGGUGUUCUACCUGAAGAUGAAAGGCGACUACUUCAGGUACCUUUCCGAGGUGGCCUCUGGAGACAGUAAGCAAACCACUGUGUCGAACUCCCAGCAGGCUUACCAAGAAGCAUUUGAAAUUAGUAAGAAAGAAAUGCAGCCUACACACCCCAUUCGACUGGGCCUGGCACUUAAUUUCUCCGUGUUUUAUUAUGAGAUUCUAAACUCUCCUGAAAAGGCUUGCAGCCUGGCAAAAACGGCGUUCGAUGAGGCGAUUGCUGAGUUGGACACGCUGAAUGAAGAGUCCUACAAAGACAGCACCCUGAUCAUGCAGCUGCUGAGAGACAAUCUCACUCUGUGGACGUCGGAAAACCAGGGAGAUGAAGGAGAUGCUGGGGAGGGAGAGAACUAAUGUCUACCUGCUUCGUGAUCUCUUCAGUGUCACUCUGUACCCUCUACAUAUAUCCCUUUGUGCGAUAAAAAAAAAAAAAAGAAACGUACGUCGACUUUCAAUUUUUCACAGCCUCAGCCUAGCAAAAAUGGUCCAUGGGAUGAACAGCUGGUAUUUGUAUCUAAAAUUCAGAUUGGUCACAUAAAUGCCACGGCAUUCUGAAGUUUUGAUUUUGAUUAACAUUGACAGGAUUACUGUGUGUUUCAUUUUUAAAAAAAAAAAAACAAAACUGAACACUGUGAUUAUGGGGUUUUGUAAUUUAGCAGAACUCUUACUGGUAGAAAAAAAAAUAGACCUGAAUUAUGUGUAACUUUUUGGAAAGUUAAAUUUGAUUCAAAACAGUUGUCCCUGAAAUAUAGUUCCAUUGUAAAGUUGUACAGAAAGUUAUAGAUUCUAUUGUGACACUGGGACUUGGAGUGGGUCACCUCUCGUUUGGCAUUCGAGUUUUACAGUAAUUUCUAGUGAUUCUGCCCAUUCUGAUCAGGGCUUUUAGACACUUGGUAUGUUGGGGCUUGUUGCCACUGAAAAGUUCGUGACCACAGAUGGCCACAGUGUCUUCCUCCAUGGAAACUCGAAGCCAGAAAUGAACAUUCCUGGUGGCAGAUAACUGGGUUAUGACAGCAUGCAACGGUCCAGUGCUCAUAGACCACCUGUGACUCCAGCCCCUUCCCCUAUAUAGCAGCAUGUUUGCUGAUUGGCAGCUUGUGCUUAGGUAGUGGAAUCUGUUUUCCCUGUAACCAUGAGCUCAAGAUGGAAAAAAAAAAGCCGUGUAUCUUAUGAAUGGCCUUAUCUGUUUCCUGGGUAAUACCUUUAAGAAUAAUGUUCUGCAGAGAUUGUCUUUCACUUGAGGAGUUAAGUACUCAGUGUUUGGGUUCUUCCUAGCUCGGGGCUUUAAAAUUUUGAAAUCUAAACAUUCUUUCCCACAGUCCUUUUUGACUGUUGACUUUAGUCUUCUCUAAAUUUCUGUCCUUCUGCAUCCUUACAUUUUGUUCUUUGUGCAUUCUCUCUGCCUUUUGUUCAUGGUUUAGUACUAGAUGGGCAGGGACAGGGGGUCCACAGAGGGGUGAGGGAUGUUGGCGAGCACUUUGGUGAGCCAGCCUUGCUUCAGAGAGUUGAAAAGAGCUUCCCACGUUUCAGGUCUGUCUUCCUCCAGUUCUCAGCACGGUGGUUGCUCUUCAGUCACACCAAGAUCUGACUCCAAGAAGUAUUUUUAAAUAUCCAUGGUUUCUGUUUAUAUUGCAGCCAACCCUGAUAAUGCUUGUUAGCACCUGUCACCAGCUCUCCCAAGGGUACCCAUCCCGUCAAGUUCACAGACAAAUGUCAGGGAAGUUGCAUGAACACAGCGAUGGGGAGAGUCAGGAAUAGCCCAGCCUACCAGUCUCAGUCUCCACCUUCCUCCCCGAACAUUCCACGUAGCCGUAGUGUCCCAUCUGUUUGUCCAUCUGCUGAAAUAAGAAAAGAAACAUUCAUGCACUGAUUUCAAACAAACCAAAAGGAAAAAAAGAAAAAAAAAAACCUCUCUCCUUUCUAGCUGAACAAAAAUGUGCAGUUAAUACUUGCCGCUUGAAAAUGCAGUAGUGAAUGUGGAACGAGCCUGUCUGUAUAUCUGGUAGCUCUCUUGCUUUGUUUUUCCUCACCAGUAUUCUGCCUCACGUUUGCUUCUGUGAUGGUUAUAUUGCCUAGCAAGCACACCCGUGGUUGUGAAAAUAGUAUAGCAAAAAAGAAAAAACCCCGGUUAUUGAUGUACUAGAUUUGUGUAUGUCUUUUAAACAGUUCUAGUUUCCACCUUACACGGAAUAAUCAGGAAAAGUGUAAAAACUCAAAAGUGAAAUAAAAAUUUUAUCAGUUA